UACUUUUUUUCCUUCAUUAGAGUUUUAUCCAGAGGCGGAUGUACCGCCUGGCCAUCCUAGGCCUGUGCCCAGGCUCUGGCCAAAAAAAAAAUUUUUUCUUUGGCCCAGAUCAUAAUUUGGGUAAAAAAAAAAACAAAAAAAGGGCAAAUGUAAAGGUAAGGGAAAACUUCAGGGACUACUUCAUAAAAAAAUUCUGAUACCCUAGUCUCUUGUUCACGCACGGGCACGGCUUCACCUCUUGUCCUCUUCCUUCAACGCUUCACGGCACGCACGGCUUCACCACCACGACACCACCAGUUCACCAAUUGAUCCCUCCACCAAGCAGAAGUAGCAAGUUCAUCUUGUAAGAGAAGGGAUAAAUUGAGGGAGUCACAACACCAAGAUAUUUUGGAUCGUCUUGAGAAAGGUGAAAUAUCUACAGAAGGGGCUUGCACCAAUCAUCAAAUCUCGCUAGACCCGGGGAUACUAGAUGGGGUUCACAUCAUAUUACCUUGAUUCGUUUGGAUCAAAUGUGGUCUUCUGUGUUAACGGUGCUUAAUAUAGUUGAUGAAGAUGGACGCGGACAAUCUCAAGCAGCAGGUUUGAUAUUAAAAAUGGAGAGCUUUGAAUUUGUUUUCAUUUUGAAGCUUAUGUUAAAGUUGUUGGGUAUCACAAAUGAGCUUUCAAAAAUCUUGCAACAAAAAGAUCUUAAUAUUGUGCUUGCCAUGGAAUUAGUUCUUGUUGUUAAAGCUCGGUUGAAGACAUUAAGAGAUAGUGGUUGGGAUGAUUUAUUUGGUGAUGUCCAAGAAUUUUGUGGUGAUGAAUGUAUUCCGGUGCCAAAUAUGGUUAAAGAAAUACCGGUUCGGGGUCGUUCAAGGAAACAAGGGAGGACUAUCACUAAUCUUCACCAUUACCGUGCAGAGAUUUUUUAUGUUGCUAUUGACAAAAUAUGUGUGGAGAUGGAUCACCGCUUUAGUGAAGGAACUAAUAAUGUGCUUGAUUGCUUCUCAUGUCUUGACCCCAAAGACUCUUUCUCCAAGUUUAAUGUUGAUAAGCUUGCUCAUCUUGCUAAUAUUUAUCAUGCUGACUUUUCUAAUGAUGAUCGUGGAACAAUAAAGGUGCAACUUGCCACUUAUGUACUUCAAGUGAAAAGUCAUGCUUCCUUUUCUACUUGUGAUAAUGUUGCAAGUUUGGCUAUGAAGAUGGUUCAAACUGAUAAACAUUUAUUAUUUCCAUUGGUCUACAAACUUAUUGAGUUGGCUUUGAUAUUGCCGGUGUCGACAGCAUCCGUUGAAAGAGCUUUUUCAGCAAUGAAGAUUAUCAAGUCUAAAUUGCGCAACAAGAUCAACGAUGAGUGGUUCAAUGACUUGAUGAUAUGUUACAUCGAGCGGGAGAUAUUCCAGUCACUUAAUGACGUUGAUAUUCUUCGAACAUUUGCCGCAAAGAAGACUCGGAGAAUGCAUUUGCCCCGUGAUUUUACUUAGCACACUAUUGCUAUGUUUCAUUUUUUCUUAUGUUGUAUUGACUUCUUGGAUAUGUGGUUUAUAACUAUUUAUAUAUUGUAGUAUGUGGAUUUGCGCUUUUAAAA